AUGGCUGGUCGAAAGGUCGAUAUCCUCGGCCGGCGGCUGACACUGCUUGUGUUGCUCCCAACCUUGCUGUGCGCUUCACCAGACCAUGUGGGGGAGCCAUGUCUUCAGGCAUGUGGAAACUUCACGGGCUGGUGUGCCUGGUGUGGUGCGGGAAAAGCCUGCUGCAGACCAGGCUUCGGCCCAGAGGAGUGCUCAACCGCGCCACCUAGUGCUGGUUCCGAGAGUCACCACUGCAUCGUGCCGUCCAAGCAGGCCCUCGAAUCCCUUGCAGUCGUCUCUUUCACUUUUGAUCUACAAGGACUCUUCUAUGCUGCCGUGCAAGCGAAAGACUCUCUGAAGCAGGACCUGAUCCUGCGGAGCAAGGAGAUCGCCAACAGGAUCAUGUUGAAUACUUCACAGCCGCAUCAGAUGGCGAUGGCUUUCAGCAGAGGUUCAAGAGGCUUUGCGCGGGUGCAGAUGACCAUAAUGAUUCCUCAUGGCGGUGAAGCCGUCGUGUCCUUCGCAGAGAACAGGCUGUGCAGCAUGCCGUCCGUAGCCAAAUUCAAUGCAGAUGCUCAAAACCUCGAUGGCGUUAAAUUUGGCGAGGAAGGUGGCACCGUGGAAAUCAUGAUCACGAAUCGCAAAAUAACUGACGGCAAGGACUGUCCGACUGAUCCUGCCUCUAUGUCUUUGCGGCGGCGGCACAUGCAGGGACAGGCACAGGUGUGGCUGCCGUGGCUGGCGACUGGCCUCUUUGGAGGUAAGCCGGGGCUGUACACCAUACAUCUUUGCGAGUAG